AUGGCGCAGGCUGAAAUAAAGAUUCCAGAAGCAUUUGUCAAGCUGUUGAUAUGCAGCCAUGGGCAUCUUGGAGGAGCAACAGCAACAAAGAACUUCGACAGGUACAUCCACGGAACAAGGGCGCGCGACAACAUCAAGAUUAUUGACAUAAAUGCGAUGUGGGAGAAGCUUAUUAUUGCAGCAAGGGUGUUUUGCAGCCUGAGCUAUCCGUCUGAUGUUGUUGUGGUGUCAACAAAGGCAUUUGGCAGGAAGCCGGUGAUGAAGUUUUGCGAGGCAGUGGGUGCAACUGCGAUUACGGGAAGGUUUGUUCCUGGAUCGUUUACGAACUCUGUGGUGAAGAAGAAGUAUGAUCCGAGGAUACUGAUAGUUUCUGACACAUAUGCAGACAAGCAGGCUAUUGCAGAGUCGCUGUACUGCAAUCUGCCGACUAUUGCGUUUACAAACACAGACAACUCGCUGAAUGGGAUUGAUGUUGCGAUCCCGAUGAAUAACAGGUCGCCAACUGCAAUAGGAGCAGGGUUUUUUAUUCUUUCGAGACUGAUUAAUUACAUGAAGACGGGGGCUGAGCUUGAUCGAGACAUGAAGGAGGUGGAGCUGUUUUUCUUUAGAGAUAGCGUUGAGCUUGAGCAGAUUGCAGAGGAGCAGGGCCUUGUAGAUGCACCUGAAGGCAUGGCACAGGGCGGAAGCGAUGCGAUAUCUGGAAGGAUGCCUGAGGAAUGGAGUGGAUUCUAA